CGCUCCACUCCACUCGUUUUCUCUCGCACACAACAGACUCCCCACGAUAGAGGUAUCUCCUUACCGGAUAAUAAAAGUGAGAAUAUACGAGCGCCUGCACGAGCCAUUCAUGACGUGUCGUGGCAAAGCUGGCAAAGUAAUAGGAAGGAAAUAGGUGGAAGUAGACGUCGACUGUACGUAGUGGCUGCGCCGUUGACCAACCAUUUAUCCUUCAGUUGGUGUUCCCCUGUAAAGGCUGACGACGAGUUCAGCGAUUGAAACCGGUGUUGUGAAUUUUGGUUUUUUUUAGUAUUACCCAUGUAGCCGAGAAGAUCGACGGUCGGGAUUGCGUUCGAUUUUUUUCUACGCAAUAAACAAAGAAAAAAUAAACUUUGUAACGCGCAUAUAUAGACGAUAUAAUAAAAAUGUGGGGUGACACGACAGCGAUUACGAUGGCGAUUCGGCUGCUAUGUCUCUUCUGUGUGAUUCAAAGUGCUACGAGCUAUUUACCGGGUCUAGCUCCUGUCAAUUUCUGCAAAGCUGGCGAAACCACCGCAACCUGCAAGUCGGAGAUAAAAUUGUUUGUCAAUCGUCUCAACACUGAAGAAUCGGUUAUACCAUUCGAAUACAAUUACUUUGAUUUUUGCGAAAGUCAAAGUGAUGAAUCACCGGUUGAGAAUUUAGGUCAGGUUGUUUUUGGGGAACGGAUUCGGCCAUCACCUUACAAAUUGGAAUUCUUGAAAACAAUGAACUGCGAAUCAGUAUGUCACAAAAGAUAUACAGGAGGAGAUCCAGACUCUGAUAAGAACUUAGGUCGAUUGAAACAGGGGAUGUUUUUGAAUUAUCAGCAUCAUUGGAUUGUUGAUAACAUGCCAGUGACGUGGUGUUAUCCAUUGGAAAGCGGAAGACAGUAUUGCAGUACAGGAUUUCCUAUGGGUUGUUAUUCACGAGAAUCUCGUUUAAACAUGGACACAUGCAGCAUAAGCGCAUCUUACAACAAACGGAAAACUUAUUAUCUGUUCAAUCAUGUGGAUUUGACCAUCACUUAUCACAGCGGUUUAAAGGAAGAAUGGGGAGAUAAAGAAAACAGCGGACGUAUAAUUUCUAUCAAAGUUGUACCCAAAAGUAUCAAGCACGGACCGACAUUGGAUUGUACUUCUGAGACUCCGUUGGAAAUACCCGAAGGUAAUUUGGAAAAAGGAAAAACUCUCGACGUGCAAUACACGUACUCGGUCAAGUUUUUGAAAAACGACACGAUCAAAUGGUCAUCCCGUUGGGACUACAUUCUCGAAUCGAUGCCACACACAAAUAUCCAAUGGUUCAGUAUACUGAAUUCUUUGGUAAUCGUAUUGUUUCUGUCGGGAAUGGUGGCGAUGAUAAUGCUUCGUACAUUGCACAAAGAUAUCGCACGAUACAAUCAGGCUUCUUUUCAGAUAGAAUCGGGUGAAGAUGCGCAAGAAGAAUUUGGAUGGAAACUCGUUCACGGCGAUGUUUUCCGACCACCGAGAAAGGGAAUGUUACUGUCGGUACUUUUGGGUUCGGGUAUUCAAGUAUUCUUCAUGACAUUGGUCACUCUCGCUUUCGCUUGUCUGGGCUUCUUGUCACCUGCAAAUCGCGGAGCUCUGAUGACCUGCGCGAUGAUUCUGUACGUGUGUCUUGGAACACCGGCGGGCUACGUAUCUGCAAGAAUUUACAAAAGUUUUGGUGGCGAAAAAUGGAAAUCAAAUGUUCUGCUUACUUCGAUGUUGAGCCCGGGAAUAGUCUUCAGUCUCUUUUUCAUUUUGAAUCUCAUCUUCUGGGCCAAUGGAAGUUCAGCAGCUGUACCGUUCAGUACACUCGUCGCACUUCUCGCACUCUGGUUCGGUGUUUCCGUACCUUUGACUUUCGUCGGCGCUUACUUUGGCUUUAGAAAACGACCUCUGGAACAUCCAGUGAGAACGAAUCAAAUACCUCGACAAAUACCCGAGCAAAGUUUCUACACUCAGGCGAUACCGGGAGUCGUGAUGGGCGGCGUUCUGCCAUUCGGAUGUAUAUUCAUACAACUCUUCUUCAUUCUCAAUUCUCUCUGGUCAAGCCAGAUGUAUUAUAUGUUUGGAUUCCUCUUUCUCGUUUUUCUCAUUCUCGUAAUCACCUGCUCGGAAACAACGAUUCUUUUGUGCUACUUCCAUUUAUGCGCUGAGGAUUACCACUGGUGGUGGCGGAGUUUCCUCACUUCCGGUUUCACCGCGUUUUACCUGCUGGUUUAUUGCGUACACUACUUCAUUACGAAACUUAACAUUGAGGGUGCUACCUCGACUUUCUUGUACUUCGGCUACACGCUCAUCAUGGUUUUCUUAUUCUUCCUACUCACUGGUUCCAUUGGAUUCUUCGCUUGCUUCUGGUUCGUUCGCAAGAUUUACAGUGUUGUAAAAGUCGAUUGAGGCAAGAGAAUAAACUAAGUAAAAGGGAAAAGUGGGACUACAGUGACGAAAAAAAAGUAUUUGUGUGAAAAUCAAUUGCAUAAGACAAUGUGAUCUUUGACGAGUAACGAAGAAAAAUCCACUGUUAAUAUAUCUUUUCCUAAGCCCCGUUUUAUCCCCCUUAAAUCUUUGCUCGGAGUUACGAUCGGUAUUGCUAAAAAACCAACGAUCAAUGCAAUAUCGUGAGAAAUUUGACUCUGAAUAAUCGUACGUUGUUUUAAGUUCGAAAAAAAAUCACUUGCCACUAAGCAUAUUAUCGUUUAUUUUUCUUCUUUCCUUGUCAUGACCACUGUUCGUGAAAAUAAUAUGACAAAAUUAUUUUCCAAAUGCAUAAGGUUUGAUUAGCGAUCAACGAGAAACGCAAUCUCACGCUGUUACUCCUCGUCGUAUAUCCGGAAAAUUCGCAAACUACUACUGUCAGUGUGUUUCUACGAGAGAAUCAGAAGGAAAAACGAAUUAACAUUAAACUGAAACGAGUCACGAUCCAAACAAUAACAGAGUUGUAAAUCCUCUUCUAGCUGGUGAACAAGAAAUGUGGAACCCGCAAGAGGCUUAGAAUAUUUCAUCAUAAAAAAUAAAAGAAAAGGGUUUAAAUAUA